AUGAAAAAGAUUCAGCACAUUGGCAUAAAAUCAAAGCAACUGAGACACCUACUAUUCCUAGAUGCAGUAGAGUCCGAAGCAAAAGGCCCAACAAACACAGUCCUAAACGCAAUCUCCCCCCACAUAAAAAACUCCCUCAAUGACAUCCCAGAGGAAAAGCGCUCGGAAGUCAAUGCAGAAGUAGAUACUUUCCUGCAGAAAAACCUAAAGCCGAUAUUCAGCACAAUAGCAAAAAAGUACUGUGUAGUAAGCCCUAAACUAGUUGAAAUUUUCACGAAAGAAGCCACGGCAGAGGUUCCCUCCGAACUCGCCCACGGAAUCCCCGUCAUACGCACAAAAAUAAUAGAGCCUUAUGGAUUAAGACAGGAAGUUACAUACGAGGACUUCUCUACGCAAAGCCUAAAGAAAAAUAUCGAACUGACUAAGGCAUACAGGGAAACACAGAGACUGGCUAUUUUCCACAGCGCAAAAGCAAUUCAGAGCAAAGGAAUUACAAAGUUCAACAAGACCCAGCUCAAAACUUAUCUUUCUGAGGAUAAAAAUAAUCUGACAAGACUCAAUUCAGUUUUAAAUGACCUUCUGAAGGAGAAAGAAGAAAAAGAAGAAAAAGAAAAAGAAAAGUGUGCUGAAGAAAACAGCUUGGAUUUAAAAAAGUACACUUUAGAUCGGAUAAUAGAGAAGGCCAAAGGAUAUUACUCCAGCGACGAGUUCAAUCAGAGUCUGUACUUUGCCCUGAAGGAAAUAGUGAAAGAAAACGGAAAAAACAUAACCACACCCAAGCUGCAGUUUAUGCUGGCUUACAAGAAUUCUCCUUCCGCUGAGAGAGUGGAAGCAGCAGAAAAGAACUGUGUAUACAGGAAAAUGUCCUUGGUUGAGUUUUAUGAGAACGUGCAUGGUCCUUUGGGGGAUGUAAUAGACGAUUUCUAUGCGAAUUUUAGAAGUAUAAUCAGCCUGGACGCAGGUUCUAAGCUUACACAUAUGCAAUGGAAGGCUAGAUCCGACAUAAAAGAAGAUUUUGAAGAAUCUGAAAAGGCGGAAAUAGAAGAGUUUUUGGAUGCUAUGGAGGAGUUUGACGACAAGAUGAACAUUAUUGUCUAUACCUUCUUUGCAAACCUAUACAGAAUCCAUGAUGGCUUCAGAAUGGCUGAUUCUCCGUCAAAUAUGCUUAGUGCAUGGUCGAGGGAAGAGUUUGAGUUUUUUACUAAGGAUUUUAAGAAAAUGAUGGUUAGAUUUCCAACUAUAGAAACAAAUUCAGGUUUCGGCAAGGCUUUUCAUGCCCUGAUGAGCUGCGCAUAUAAAAAGAACGAAAGGGCAAGACAGCUGCACAGGAACGCUAUGAGGGCAGAAGAAUGUCUUGCAUUGCUUCGAACGAGUGAAGCAGCAGGAAAGGCUGGGGAGGACUAUGAAUUCAGGAUUUGUGAAUAUGAAAAAUUUGCAGAGGAAAAUCCAGUGCCCGAGUUUUCAGGUUCUAUCGAAGAUAUACCGUCUGAAGUCCUGGAAGAUGGGGUCACUCCGCGCGAAAUCCAAACCACAAUCCUAUCGCUGAAGAUGUUCCAUGACAUGUACACUGAGCAGCUAAAAGAUGAAGCCAAAACAGACUCUGAGAGAGUAGAAUUGAAAAAAAGUCUAUCAGAAACUGAAGAAAAGAUACGGGUUCUUGAAGAGAGAAUUCGUUCAUUUGCGGAUUUAAGCGAGGAAGAAGCCAAAAAGGAAGAGUGUCUUCGUUACGCUUAUCUGAUGAAGUACAAAAUCGAGUGUUUGAAGCAUAUAGACGUGCUUAAGAAGGAAGCUGAGGCUGAGAUGGUCCCACUGGCUAAGAAAGUCAUGAAAGAGAUUGAAGAAACCCCGAAUAGCCCAGAGUUUAACAGAGAAGCAAAAAAAAUGCUUGUGAAAGUUCUUAAAAACGAGCCGCAUCGCCUUAUGACUCCGAGGUUUUUCGUGAGGAAUAAACACUUUGCGGAGGAACUGCCAAAGCUGCUGGCUCGGCUUGAUGAAAAGAUAGUCAAAACUUUAGGAGGAAGUUCGAGCAGAGGAACGGAUGAAGGAUCCUCGCGCAGAGCUAUACUUCGAAACACAUUUAUUGGGGCUUUCUUAAUCACUGUGCUUGGGUCUCUGAAAGCGAUAUUCAAUUCGAAAACUGCAUGA